AUGGCUGCUUGUAAGAAUCGGGCCUUUUUGCCGCCUGACUACGUGUGCGUCUCGAAGCGAUUGCAUCGAGCAGUAUCAAAUUGGUCUCUUUCUGAUCUUGAUAAAAUAAUAUGGGCGCUUGAAAGGGACAACAUGUUAUCUGUGGAAGAAUUGAGGAAUAUCGUACCUUCAAAAAAGGCCGAAGACAUUGAACAGCUCAUUUCCUUGUGUUUAUCAAAUGACGCAGCCGACUUUGGAGGAAACUUGGCACCUGAACAGAUUCCUACAGAAGAGAGCACUCUUGAGAUUAUGAAAAACAGCUUUAAAUCAGUUGUGCCAGCUCGGUUUUCACCAGGGCCUGGGAUAUCAUCGGUUCUUCGAGACAUUGCUAGAAACGAGUGUUCUAAUGAUACGGAAAAUAGAUGCACUGCAAUACGCUUGGGUGGACCCAAAGGAUUCAUCUCACCUGAUUAUGGGCGAAUUUAUGGGUACAUUGCCGAUUCGCUCACACUUGUCAAAACUCGUCCACGUGUUGAAGACAGUGAUGUGGUGGUCCUCCUCGACAUGUUAUUUUGUCUUCUUCAAGCCACCGACUAUUUACUCACAAAGGGCUCGUCCGGAGACAUCGAAAGGGCGUUUUCGGGCGUCACGGAUAAGAUAGGCGUCCUUAUUUCUUCAAUCUCGGCAUCCUACCACCACCGAUGUGCAUUCUUAAAAAAGAUAUCUGUUUCGUCCACCUAUGAUAUUGAAUCGCUUACCUCCAGCUUUCCUCAAGACGCGCUCGCUUCCGCCUCCUGUCGACCCAACGUAUUACCCUAUACGGCCCCCAUUCUUGUACUGAAGGAGGCCUGGCUUUCUUCUAACUUUUCACAGUGCAUUCUUCUAAAGAAAGCAAUGAGGGAUAUAUUUAGGGAGUGCUGGCAGCUUCCCGCGGCUGAAGGAGAUGAGAAUUUGGAGAAAGUGCAGAAAAAAUUGACCAAGUUCAUAAUGAAUCCUCUGCGUAUUAAGGUAAAGGACGUGCCUUCGGUGUGCGAAUACCUCUCCACGCUGGGAAUGUUAAUGCGGCACUAUGAGGAACGUAUCACAUCUCGUAUUGUACCCUCGACUUCACUGACUACUCCUGAGCCGCGCAUUGCACAGAACACGCUAAUUCACUCCGCAGCGAAACUCAUUGCUGAUUAUCAAUCAGGCAAAAGGGCAAGCUACCUCUUCAUGUGUAAAUUUUGCAAACAUAAUUUGGUCCGUCCUGUCAGUCUGCCCGUGGAAAGGCGUGAAGUCGACAGAUUUAUCAAUACUGUACAUAUACCGCGACCAGAUGUACCACGGAUGGCAAUGAAGACAACACUCUCACCGCAAAUUUUGAGGUCUGUUGAUAGCCGGAGGAGAACUGAUGUGCCACGAGUACCCACGAACUCGUUCAAGGCAAAGAAGGCCCCCUCCCGCCCACCAAAGUUGUACAGAAGAGUUGACUAA